AUGAAUAGACCACCGCGUCCACGAAUGAUGAAUAAUUUCGGCCGAGGGCAUAUGCCUCAUCAAAAUCAUUGGAGACCUCGAGGACCACCACGAUUACCGUGGAACAAUCCGAGGUUUGGACCACCAGUCAUGAAAACAGAAAAUCAAAAUAGUGAGGAACAUUGGUGUGAGACAUGUGACAGAGGGUUUCCUACAGAAGAAAUUCUUGAAAAACACAAACAACAACAUCAGAAAUGCAAUAUAGAUGGCUGCCAAUUUGUUGCUCAUCCAAAAGUUAUCACAAAACACAUACAAAUGCAACAUUCAACUGGAUUGUAUAAGAAGAUUGCAAACUUGAACAACCCUGAAGAAAUACAAAAAUGGAGGGAGGAAAGAAAAAAGAAAUAUCCCACAAAAGUGAAUAUAGAAAAAAAGGAGGCUGAACAUCAGGAAAAAAUUGCUAGAGGAGAAAAAAUGAACUUGAACCGUGAUCAUAGGAACCAUAGAAAGCAAUCAGGUCACGAUGGUCCUGGUGUCAAGAGAAAACUAGGCACUGACAAAUGGAAUCAGAAUCCUAGAACAAAUCGACAAAAUUGGGGGAACAGACAAAACUCCAAACCAAAUACAACAAUAUCUACAAAUACUUCUGAACCUCCAAAGAAGAAACCGAAAAAUAUUCCCACUCCACCUGCUACAGUUGAAAAGAAUAAGCUCAAACCAUUUGCUGGCAUUCUCAGUAUACAGAUGGAUGACAGUGCUGAAGAAGUUCCAGAAACAGAAGAAAAUAGUAAUGAACUGUUUGAUGAUGACUAUGAUGCAACAAUAGAAGUUCCUAAAGAAACUUCAAAUAAGAAUCCUGUGCUAUGUGGAGCUUUGACAUCCCUCAUGUGUGAAUAUGGGUCAACAGACGAAGAAACUGAAGAAAAAGAAAAUGAAGAAAUAAAUAAAUUAGUGGUACCAGACAAGAAAGAAGUUGAAUCAUUAAAUGAAAGUAAAAUUAAGCCCAUAGAAAAUCCACCUAAAGUUGAGAAAAAUGAAAGUGAUGAUGAUGAUGCACCAGAGGAAGUAAAAAUAGAAAAAAAUAAUGUUGAGCAUGAUGCAGCUCAAGAAAUAACAAGAAAUAAAGAAAAACCUGUAGUAAAAAGUGUUAUCCCACCGAAAAAUGUAGAGAAACCUAACUAUAAGACAAAACGAAAAGUACCAUCGACACUUCUCCAAAAACUGUUGCAAAAUGAAAUUAGGCAAGAACGUAAUAUAGUGUUACAAUGUAUUAGGUACAUAAAGAAAAAUAAUUAUUUUGAAAAAUCUAGCCAAUAA